GUCUCUGGUCACCGCCGCACCCCCCGUCUUUCAGCUCAAAAACCCACAAAGUCAGCAGCGACAAUGGCUCUCCCACCAUCGACCGCCAACUGGCACUGGAAGAACAAGAACGUCACUCCCUGGGCCAAGGACUGGCUGUCGACAGAACUCACCACCGUCACCGUCACUGGCGACAAUGGCGAGUCGGCUUCCAUUUCUGAAGUCACUUCUGUUGAAGGAGAUGUCGAGUUGGGUCAGAGGAAGUCAAAACUUUUGACGAUCUUUGAUGUCGAUGUGCGGUUGAAGUGGAAAGGCAAGACCAGCAGCGGAACGGAUGUCGAGGGAACUCUGCAGAUUCCAGAAGUGUCGCACGAAAUCCUUUGUGACAACCUCUCCGAAUUCGAGUUCAAAUGGUCUCUUAGAACUGCAUCGAGUCCAGAGGUCGAUGCCGUUUUCAAACUCGCCAAAACCCGUCUGGCCAGCGCUCUCGAGACCAAACUGGCUGUCCUCCCCAGCACUAUGAUCGAGGUUCACGGCAAGGACAUCUACAUCUCUGGCAGCGGGGCCGCUACUCCUGCAAAUGGAACCGCUACUCCCCCUGCUCCCUCGACCUCUGCUGCGGCUGCUGCCCCAGCCCGCGCCCCCGUUGCACCUGUCAAAAAGGCCGCGUCGAAACCUGCCAACACCUCCACCGUCACCGUCGAGGCUACCUUCCAAGCUGCCGCUGACGACCUCUUUAGCCUCCUCACGGAUGAGAAGAGGAUCCCUGCCUGGACCAGGAAUGCCGCUGUGUCGCAAGCUAAAGCAGACACGGAGUAUUCCUUGUUCGGUGGUGGCGUGAAGGGCAAGUAUGUGUCGUUGGCGCCGGGCAAGGAGAUUGUCCAGACGUGGGCUCUGCAGUCGCCUACUUGGCCUCAGGGUCAUGAGGCUACGCUGACCACCACCUUCGACCAGUCCACUGAUUCCACCAAGGUUACGUUCAGCCUUGCGGGAGUUCCGACUGGUAUGGAGGACGAGCUUAGGAGGAACAUUGAGGGUUACUAUGUCCACGGCUUCAAAUCCAUCGGAUUAUGUUCGUGA